AGCAGCAGCAGCAGCCGAGAGAGCUCAUUUCCAUCUGAGCUCAACCCGCCCACCUCCGCUCUCUGCUUCUCUGGGCGACAGUUUUCUCUCCGUUUCGGUCUGUCUCGACCUCACUCUGCGCCUCAGAGAGACGGGGCUCCUCAGCCGCCGAGUCCUACCGGCUUUAUUCUAACACCUACUCCUCGAGUCGGAUACAUGGAGACAACCUGAGAGUAAAAAACACUUUCUUUCUUCUUCUUCUCUGCGGAGCGCGCGCUCUUCUUUGGUAGUCUUUCUCAAGAAACUGCCAGAACAUCUGUGGAUUUCCGGCGGACCUUUGGCUCUUCAUUUCAGGGCCAUAGGAGAUGGACGAGAACGGGACGUUGGAGGACAACGAUGCAUUGUGGGAGAAGGUGGAGUGCAAGCGCUACGAGCUGUGUCGCAACAUCACUCCGGCGAAGCUCACCCCGUACCUCCGUCAGUGCAAAGUGCUGGACGAGCAGGACGAGGACGAGAUCCUCAACUCCCCGGUGCUCCAGACUAAAGCAAACCGCACGAGUCGUUUGCUGGACAUCCUCCGCACCAAAGGAGAGCGGGGAUAUGGGGCGUUUUUGGAGAGUCUGGAGUUUUACUACCCUGAACUGUACAAGUCGGUCACAGGGAAAGACCCAACGAGACGAUUCUCCACCAUCGUAGUCGAGGAGGGUCAGGAGGGUUUGACCCAGUUCCUCAUGAACGAAGUGAUGAAGCUGCAGAAGAACACCAAAGUCAAAACCCUGCAGAACACAGAGCUCAGCAGGAAGACCCGCACUCUGGAGGACGAGUUCAAGAAGCUCCGCUUGGCUAAUCAAGAGCUUCAGGCCUUUCAGCAGAGAUAUAACAAACUGAGAGAGGAGCGGAACACCUUCAGCGACGAGCUGCUGAGGGUAAAGGAUGAAAACUACAAACUGGCCAUGAGGUACGCCACGCUGAGCGAGGAGAAGAACAUGGCCGUGAUGAGGAGCCGAGACCUGCAGCUGGAGAUCGACCAGCUGAAGCACACGCUGAACAAAGUGGAGGAGGAGUGCAAGAUGGAGAGGAGGCAGAGUCUCAAGCUGAAGAACGACAUCGAGAGCCGACCCAAGAGAGAGCAGAUCUUCGAGCUGGAGAGGGAAAACGAAAUGCUCAAGAUCAAGCUGCAGGAACUUCAGUCCAUCAUACAGCCUGGCCCCUUGCCUGCGUCAGACAAGGCCAUCCUCGACAUUCUGGAGCAUGACAGACAGGAAGCUCUGGAGGACAGACAGGAUCUGGUCAACCGCCUUUACAACCUCCAUGAAGAAGUUCGACAGGCGGAGGAACUACGGGAUAAGUACCUGGAGGAGAAGGAGGAGCUCGAGCUGAAGUGCUCCACCCUUCAGAAGGACUGCGAGAUGUACCGCAACCGCAUAGACACCAUCUCCGCUCAGCUGGACGAGGUGGAGAAGGAGAGGGACCAGGCGUUUCGGGCCCGAGAUGAGGCCCAGCAUCAGUUCUCUCAGAGCCUUGUCGACAAAGACAAAUACCGUAAGCAGAUCAGGGAGCUGGAGGAGAAGAGCGACGAGCUCCACAUUGAGAUCGUCCGCAAGGAAGCCAAGCUGGUGGCGCUAGAGAGUCGCCUGCGACGCAUGUCCAAGGACAUUCCCCUGGACCAGAGUUUGCCGAGGGACAUGCCGCUGCCCAUCAUCUCUCAUGCGGCCGAGGAUAAACAAUGUUGGUCCAGCGACGAGUCGCACGAGGAGAAGUGCCCGUCGGACGAGCCGCGGCUCAAACGCAGGCCAAACCUUAAAGCGGGGCUCCGAUGUAAGUCUCCAGUUUCGGGGCUCAGAGACAGUCCCAUCACCUCAGACGCCAGCCAUCGUACAGUCAACGGAGAUUUCCUAGAGAUUCAGACGCCAAACGUCAACGGCAACAACAACUCUCUCCCUCCGUCGCCCAGUUUCCCAGUUUCCCCCACGUUCCCACUGCCCUGCGCUCCGUCGUCCCUACCAAACAUGUACCCCUGCGUGGAGCAGUGCAGGCAAAAUAUGCUCCGUUUCCGUAACGACAGCAUCAUGUCCAUCGUCCCAGAGCCUCCUGAGAAGGCAUCGCUGUACAGACGAGAGAGGGAAAAAGAAAACGACUUCCCGCUCCGCAGGUACAGCCUCUCCGACUUUGAUAGCGACAACAUGGAAAUGGAGUGUGAAGACGGCCCUAACUCUGUGAUCUCGUCGUCGUCCUCCCAUCAAUCGGAGGGAAUGGACACAUAUGAUCUGGAGCAGGUCAACAAUAUCUUCAGGAAGUUCUCUUUGGAGAGGCCGUUUCGCCCGUCUUUGUCCUCCUUCUCCAGAAUCAGCUCCACCAUCAAGCCGGUGCAGGAGGUGGCGCUGCAGGGCGACAACCUCUUGAAGGACGUCACGCUGGUCGGCGGCAACGAGAGCGGGAUUUUCAUCUCGUCGGUUCAGGCCGGGUCCAACGCCGAGAGAGCAGGGCUGCGAGAAGGCCACCACCUCCUGCUGCUUGAGGGAUCCAUAAGAGGGGAAAACCAGAGCCUUCCACUGGAUACCAGCACUCAGGAAGAAGCCCACUGGACGUUGCAGCACUGCUCUGGACCAAUCAAGCUGCACUAUCGUGCCAGUUUUGACUCUUAUCGUCGGCUCCAGAGCAACCUGUCUGACGGCACGCUGGCGUCUGGAGACUCCUUCUACAUCCGAGUCAACCUGAACAUCUGUGGACAGUCGGACAGCUGCUCCCUGAGCGUGCGCUGCGACGAGGUGGUGCACGUUCUGGACACCAGGCACCAGGGCCGCUGCGAGUGGCUGUGCGCCCGCGUCGACCCCUACAGUGGAACGGACCUGGCCGAGCGCGGCACCAUACCCAGCAACUCGCGAGCUCAGCAGCUGCUGCUGGUAAAGAUUCAGAAGUUCGUCUGUCGAGGAGGAAAGGAAGAAAACGAAGGCCACCGCACCAGCAGGGCGAGCAGUUUACAGCCGGAAGAGGCCGGCUCCCCUCCCGAUCUUAAGGCCAGCCCUCGUUUGUCCAGAGCCAGCAUCUUCCUCAAUCAGAUCCUGCAGUUUGUCAGCAGGGUGGAUAUCAAGUACAAGCGUCUGAACAGCAACGAGCGCGUGAGGAUCAUCAACACUGGCAGUGCAACACUAGCAAGGCAAAGCUUCGAGCUGCUCAGGCAGGAAGCAGACGCUGCUGACCCCGACAACGAACUGAGCAGAAGUUUGAACCUGAUCCCUUACAGUCCCGUCACGCCUCAGCGGACCCAAAGGCGAAGGCCGGUUCUCUUCACUCCGGCCGCACUGGCCAAAACCAUCAUCCAGAAAGUACUGAACAUGGGCGCAGCCAUGGACUUUAACAUCUGCAAACCGGAUACCCUGACUAAGGAGGAGUUUAAUCUGAAACAGAACGUGGAGCCCUUCAUUCACUACAAGGAGAAGCAGGCCACAUUCGAAUGCAUCACCCGGGAAAACAUUGAAGCUGUCGCUGCCAAGGGUAAACACUGCCUGCUGGAGGCCGAGCUGAGCUGUGUCAAGCACCUUCUACGGAGCGAAAUCUACCCCAUUAUCGUUUAUGUCAAGAUCUGUGAGAAAAAUGUCAAGAAGCUAAGAUGGGCCGCUGCAGCUCUACAGGAUCUCGGCAUCAGAGAUACUGGGUUCCAAACAUCACCGCACUCACCACCGCAAUGCUGCUUCCUUCCUGUUUCCUGUCCACACAGGAAGCUGCCUCUGCGCGUGGAGUCGGAGGAGGACUUUGUGAGGUUGUGUCGGGCGAAAGAGAAGGAGCUGGAGACCAUCCCUUGCCUGUACGCCACCCUGGAGCCCGACUCCUGGACGGGGAUGGAGGACCUGAUCAGGGUGGUCAAGGACAGAAUUUUGGAGGAGCAGAAGAAGACGAUCUGGGUGGAGCAGGACCUGCUGUAGUUCCUCUUGUGCACCAGUCUGUACAUUUAAACACGUGUGUAGCUAAAUGCAGUAAGCCACAAAACUUGUAAAUCUACUGUAGCUCUCGUUUUAUAUUUAUAAUCAGACUCAAGGAGGCACGUCUUAGAGGCCCAAACAAAUGCAUUAUGUAUUUUGUAAAAUUGUAUUUCAAUUUUCUAAAGAUAAACGGAUUUAAAACCCCUAA